AUGUUCUCAAUACGCGCUGCGGUUGUCGCUCGUCGGGUGUCUACAGUACGGCGCCAACUCGCCACUACCAGAACAUAUGCCACAGAGAAGUCCAACAACCCUACACCGUUGCGCGACGGCGGUUUCCUUGCUUUGGAUCUCCUUACCCCGUGUCGAUCAGCCGAGAGUUUUGCAGCCCGUAUACUCCUGCUAACCGUGCAACCCCCGCAGGCAAGCUUCUACAAGACUUUUUCGCGGCCCAUUGCAAAGGUCAUGAUCCUCGCCGUCUUUACGUACCAAGUCGCGUAUUGGUCCUGGAUCAAGCUGGAAGCCGACGAGGCGCGUGCCAAGGUUGAUGCCGAGAUUGAGACGCUAGAAAAGACGGUAACUGAGUACAAGGAGUCCAAGGCUGCUGCUGAGACGGGUCCGAUGGGUUCCAAGUGA